UAGAAAGGCAAAACAAUUUACUGCUCAUGUAGUGCAUACAAUCAUUUUGGCGGUUGGUUUUAAACAUAUAAUUUCUCCUCCAACGCAGGAUAUGUUUAUGUGUCUUUUGGGAGAUGGAUAGUUUAAAAUAUACUGUUUCAUGUUUGUAAAACCAAAUCAACAGGUGGAAUGUUUAUGUUCAAAUAAAAUAGUUGAGGGCCAAGUGUGUACAGGUGACACGUGUAAACAUCAGCCAUGAAGGGCAGGAUUUGCGUUAACCAAGGUCAGGAUGACGAAAUGGAAAUCACUGGCUAUGCUCGAAAUACUAUCAAAACUGGGGUUAUUUGGUUUUUCAUCGUCAUCACUGUGGGACUACUUCGCUUGUUUUUCUACUGGCUUCCUCAUCUGAUGAUCCGUGCCAUGUAUAGCAAGUGCAGCCUAGACCAGGCAGAAGUCGUUAUACUUAAAGACGAGUACAAGCAGUGGUUCGUCUCCGACGUGAAGAUGAUCACAAGAGACGGAAAAAAAGUUUUGGGUAAGGGCAAAAGCGAAGGAAUGGUUUCACGCGGAAGUCAGACCCUGCUGACUCAUCCUGACAAAAAACAGUACUCCCAGAACGUCAGCCGUUAUUUCGUGACAAAGAAAAUGAAGUACAUUUGGAACCAAGAGUCUUCAAUGUUUUCGAAAGUCAAGGGCAUUGAAGAGGACGUGACUGUGAACUAUUUCCACGAUACUUCCUGUUUGUCGUUCAUGGACGUGACCAGGAGACGUGUGCUUUACGGCCUCAAUUCAGUUGAUAUACACGUUACACCAAUCAUUAAACUUCUGUUCAAAGAGGUGUUGUCACCAUUCUACAUCUUCCAAUUAUUCAGUUGCUCGCUGUGGUACGCAGAUGAAUACGAAUACUACGCAUCCUGUAUUGUACUCAUAUCUGUCUUGUCCAUCACCGCCACUAUCUACCAAACAAGAAAGAUGCAACGAGCCCUUCGUAACACAGUUCAGUCUUCAACUAUCGUUUCAGUGAUCAGAAACGGAAAUGAAAGUAUGGAUAUCAGUUCUGAAGACCUAGUGCCUGGUGACGUCAUAGAAAUCCCACGUAACGGAUGUCUUAUGCAGUGUGACGCCGUUCUUAUCACCGGAAGUUGCAUCGUGAACGAAAGCAUGCUUACUGGUGAGAGUGUUCCUGUCACUAAAACACCGAUUCCUAACCCGCGGUUGACUCACGAGGAUAGCCGAAUGAUGUUCAGACCUAAAGACCAUGGACGUCAUAUCCUGUUUUGUGGAACCCACGUGAUACAAACUCGUUUCUACGGAGGCCAUAAGGUUAAAGCCGUUGUGUUCAGAACAGGUUUCUCCACGGCGAAAGGCGAACUAGUACGCAGCAUCCUUUAUCCUAAACCUGUGGAUUUCCGGUUCAAUCGGGAUACAUACAAAUUCGUUGGAAUCCUAGCGGGCGUCGCAUUAGUUGGCUUUGUCUACACGAUUGUUCUGAUGGUGAAUAGAGGUGACGCUGCUGGUGAUAUCGCCCUACGAGCCCUGGACCUUAUUACAAUCGCCGUCCCCCCAGCUCUUCCGGCUGCACUCACUGUCGGGAUUGUGUUCGCUCAAAGCCGACUCAAAACUGCGCGAAUAUAUUGUAUCAGUCCACGGAGUAUCAACGUGUGCGGAGGGAUAAACACAGUUUGCUUUGAUAAGACUGGCACACUAACAGAAGAUGGUCUCGAUAUGCAUAGCGUGGUACCAGUAAAUGAUGAGAAGUUUGAGCCGGGCAUCACACAUCUGAACCUGUUGCCGAGAGGCAAGUUUAUGACAGGAAUGGCUACGUGCCACUCAUUGACGAUAAUUGAUGGUGUUUUAAGCGGGGAUCCACUCGAACUUAUUAUGUUCGAGUCAAUAGGCUGGGAAUUGAAGGAACCAACGAUGGAAGAGGGGUCAAACUUUGACAUGAUCUGUCCAACUAUCGUCUAUCCGAAAUCGUCCUCACUUGUGCAGUCCGCAGAUCUGACCAGUGGAAAUGUGGUGAACUCAGAAGAGGUCGGCAUAGUUCGUCAAUUUACGUUUUCAUCGAGCCUACAGCGAAUGUCGGUAAUCGUACGGCGACUGGGGGCCGAGCAUUUCGAAAUAUUCACGAAGGGUGCUCCGGAAAUGAUUGCCUCACUAUGCGUCACAGACACUGUUCCCGAUGAUUUCCACGAUAUCUUAAUGAGCUACACGAGGCGCGGAUUUCGUGUGCUUGCUCUUGCCUACAAACCUCUUCCAGAAAAGCUCAAGUACCCUAAACUGCAGAGAAUAGAGAGGGAGCAGGUUGAGAGAGGUCUUACCUUCCUAGGCCUUAUAGUUAUGGAGAACCGCUUGAAGCCGGAGACCACACCCGUCAUCAGAGACCUGAAGGACGCUAACAUCAGGCCGAUCAUGGUCACGGGUGACAAUAUGCUGACGGCCCUGAGCGUUGCUCGUGAAUGUUUCUUCGCAGAGGAAAACGAGCAGAUCAUUCUCGUGCAGGUGUUCCCGGCGCAGUACGACGCAAAAGGUGACGUCAUGGAACAAGCACACGUGGAAUAUGUGUACACGGAUCCACAGACUGAUAAACAGACAAACCGAAUACCCAAAGAGAAGCAAAUCGAUACAGUGCUACCGAUGGCGAUUGGAGAUGCAGAGCUUGGCACCGGUAAGAAAUACCACUUCGCGGUAACUGGAAAGUCAUGGAGUUUGCUCAGAGAAAGUUUUCCAGAAUUAAUUGACAAGAUUGUUGUACGAGGAACGAUAUUUGCUCGAAUGUCGCCAGAUCAAAAGGCACAACUUGUUGAAUGUCUACAGGAUUUGGGCUAUUACGUUGGUAUGUGCGGGGACGGGGCGAAUGACUGUGGCGCUCUGAAGACGGCGCAUGCUGGCAUAUCCCUGUCGGAGGCAGAGGCGUCUGUUGCCUCUCCGUUUACUUCAAAGACGCCAAACAUCUCAUGUGUACCUACAACUAUCAGGGAAGGUAGAGCUGCCCUUGUCACCAGUUUUGGAAUCUUCAAGUAUAUGGCAUGUUACAGCCUCACACAGUUUGUGUCAGUGCUCCUUCUGUACUGGGUGGGAGUGAACCUCACUGACUACGAGUUCCUGUAUAUCGACUUGUUCCUGUUGACAACUCUUAGUAUAACAUUCGGACGCACACAUGCCUAUCACCGCCUCCACAAGGUCGCGCCGCUUGUACGACUGACCAGCCUGGCUCCUGUCCUGUCUCUCAUCCUCCAGAUGACCAUCAUAAUAGCAGUACAGGUCUUCUUCUACUUCAUCAUAAAGCGAGAGCCCUGGUAUAUUGAGUAUGUGGACGACCCGGAGGAGGAUUAUGACUACAUGAGUUACGAGAAUACCGCCGUAUACAUCAGCUCCUCCUAUCAAUAUAUCAUACUGGCCAUUGUCUUUUCCAAGGGCAAACCGUACAGGAAAUCCAUGUUCACCAACUAUGUUUUCAUGAUCAACUUGUUUAUCUGCAUUGGCAUUACUGCAUGGAUCAGCAUUUAUCCAACGGACCCGGUCGCUGAAUUCUUUGAGUUGAUGUUGCCCCCAAGUAUUCCAUACAGGCUACUGUUUUUGGGUGUGGCAGGAGUCAAUCUCUUAUUGUGCAUUUUACUGGAGGAAUUCAUCCUCGAUAGCCAUUAUGUGUCAGUCACUCUACAAAGCAAACUCGACAAAUGUUUUCCAGGAUCUAAGCUUAAGUACGAAACUGUUGAGGAAGAUCUCCAAAUGGCAAGCGCAUGGCCUCCAGUGAAAUCAGAAGAUUUGGCGGGAACUUUUGCUCGAAUGGACAGCGCUUUUCUCUCUUCCAAAACAUCGUUGAAUGAGCAGGACAGUUAUUCACUGUCUGAAAGUGAAACAGGAAGUCAAAAUGAAUAUGAUCAAGAGAUUUGUCCAAAUGCGUCCCCAAAUGAUAUUAAGCUAAACGGGGUAUCGAAUGCAGCGUUUCAACUAGAUGAAAGGUACAGCAAUGGAAAGUUAUCGACAAAAUUGUGACAAGGACUAUAUGUAUCAAAGCGUUUUUAUAUUAAACUUUAUUUUAUAUUGAUUUAUGUAUGUUUGAGGUGGCAUAAUUUUUCGUUUAUAUAUGUUGCAUGUUUUUAAGAUCAAUAUAUUUACCUAGUUCUCUAUUUUUACUCUUGCUGAAAUUGCCACUAUUUUUCUAUAUGGUGUCGAAUUAAAUCGAUACCUUUUUCAUAAAAUAUCUUAGAUAUGUUUUAUUUUACACGUUUAGUGUAAAUAAAUACUCAGAAACACGUUCUCUUUUGUGUGUACACUGUUAUAUAUCGUAUCUAAAGUAAUGGUAUUACACUCAUCUACUUAAAAAGCAUUGAUCUAAUGAUAUGAUAUGUUGCAGUUUGUUUAUCGAAAUAAUGUUGCUAAGCAGACAUUUAUAUGUAAGUGAAUGUGAUUUCGGAAGUGACAUAACGUCAUUCAAAGAAUAUGUCGUCGUAAUAUUAUGUGUUUGGAAUUUAAACUGAUUGAUUGUUUAAACUUUGAUGAAGGAGUCCAUCAUCGUAAAUCUGAAAUUAUUGCCAAGAUGAAGGAAAUAAAAUUCUGGUUGAAAUCGAUGACAUGAAGAUGAAAAUGUCAGAGACAGAGAGGAGGAGCAAUAGUUAAUAGACAUAACACAUUUAAUGGCUGACUUGGACAGCAUUGACAGGAUGACUACUGUGCAUCUGUAUGCGUUUUGCAAGAAUCCAUUCGAAGAUUAGUUACUUGAAUCCUGGCAUUAUUUUGAAAACAAUUACUUUGAAAACAAUGGCUGAAGUUACGUAUGUUAAAGAUAGUUAACGUAUGUUAAAGAAAGUGAUAGA